UGAUGGCGUCCAUAUUUCUACACCUGUAUUCUAAUUAGUGUGUGGCUGUGUUGUGGUCUUAUGUUGAUUUCUAGCUUAUUUCACACAUUUACAUUUUAAACGUCACCAAGAAAUUAUUGAGUGUGAUGCUACGAUUUCUUUAGUAAUACAGUAAAUAGAAAGUCAACCAUAUUGGUACACCCAUAUGCUCUUCUGUAUGAAUGCAAUCUACCAUUUUGGAACUCCAAUGUAAACACUGUACAGGGUAUUGCUUUCUUUUCCCCCUCUUCGCCUCGUUAAUUUUAGAGACUGUGGUUUGCGCUGGACAUGGAGCCCACGGGAAGGAAAGACAGACUACGGCCCAGGGAGACAGUGAGCCGACAGGAAAAAGCAAAACACCGUGCAGCUCAACAAGAACUGAAACAACGCCAGAGGGCUGAGAUCUAUGCGCUAAACAGGGUCAUGACAGAACUGGAGCAGCAGCAGUUUGAAGCGUUUUGCAAACAGAUGCAAGCAGCUAGCAAGUGACCUGUGCACGUGCCUUAACCUGCCGUCUAAAGCUCCCUGCCCAGUUCUGACCGCUGUACACUCGUGUCAGCCUGGACGUUAAGAAGAAAUUGUUUAAAAUGUGUUUGUUUUUUUUCCCCUCCAGAAGCAACUCCACUGUUUCAUUUGUUUUUAAAUUAAAAAUGAGAAAUGUAUUAUACUCCUGUAUUAUCUCUUUGUAAAGUGAUUCUGCAUAGUUAUUUAUUUCUGCUUAAAGGGACAUGAAACCCCCCAAAAAAUUAUCUUUUAUGAUUCAGAUAGAAGUCAACUGGAAAGUUGUUUAAACUUUUUAUUUUCUAUUAUUUGCUUAAUUCUCUUGGUAUCCCUUAUUGAAGCAGCAGUGCAGUACUGGGAGCUAGCUGAACACAGGGUGAGACAAUAACAUGGAGGCAUAUGUGCAACCACCAAUCAGCAACUCCUUAGCCUAGCUAGGUAUCCUUUUUCAACAAAGGAUACUAAGAGAAAAAAAACAAAUUAGAUAAUAGAAGUAAAUUAGUCAGUUUAAAUAUGCAUGCUCUCUUUGAAUCAUGAAAGAAAAAAAAAUGGUUUCAUAUCCCUUAAAUGAGUAGCUUUUUGCAGGGAGACAUUUCAGGAAUCCGCAUGAUGGAUGUGUCUAGAGCUCUGGGAUUUUAUCAGACAAUAAUCGUGCACAUAUUCUAUGGAAGCCAUGACGUAACAACAAUUAAAAACACAGAUUUGUUUC